CUGUGGGGUGGGUUUGCCGCGGUUUGGUCGUCUCUUGGCCUCGCUGUUCCGUCCUGGGCUUUCAGAGCGGCUGGAGGAAGGCGGCCGGCGACUGUAACGGCUCCAAGCAACGAGGCGAUGUCGGCAGCGCUGGUGAGGAAGGGGCUCGAGUUAAUGAGCCAGGAUUUGAGAGGUGCUGCCAGACUUGAUAAAGGGAGGAGCAGGAAGGCUAUUCCCAGGCACACAUCUAGCGCUGACCGUUUGCACCUAGUUAAUACAAACAAGAAGGGAACAAAAAAGCAAUUAAAGAGCCUGCAGGGACAAGGGAAGAACAAGAGCAAAGCGACUGUCAAGGGCAAGGUUGUUAAAUCAGCAUUAGAGGAGUAUUGGAAGAAAAAGGCUGCAGAUCACACAGAGGAAAAUCUCCAGUACAUGCUCGGUGCCAGGUUCCUUACUGAGAGCAAAGUGACUAAAAAGGUCUUGAAUUACAGUCAAGGAAGGAAAGCGAAGGAUCGCCCAGAGGAAAAGGAAGUGAAGAAGGAAGAGAAGAGCAUAUUCACAGAGAGUGACUUUAGAAAGUUUGAGAGAGAGUAUUUUGGGGCACCUUAACCUUGACUUUUGGUGAAAAGAGUGGACAAGCAGGCUUCAGUUGUUGGGGGAGAGAUCAGACCACGACAUCACAAACCUUGUAAGCAACGCCUACCUCAAGUCUUAAUCAUGAAGACUGUCCUGGGGACUGAUCUGAUCCGUGAGUGAGAGCAAGAGAGACCUAACGAGGAGAGAAAAUCCAGUUCAUCCCAAGAUUGAGACCUGCCAGCAUCUGCUAGUCAUUUAUUUAGUUGUUAAAACCUUGCGUUCUCCUUUUCUGUGUUUCACAUCAACAUGCAAACAUUUGUGUUAAGCAAAGAGUAAACCUUGCAUUGUACCAGA